AUGGGGCAGGAACUCAAGAGCAUCCCAGCCUGGAAGCUGGACAAGUUCAUAGAGGAUUACCUCCUUCCGGAUACCCUCUUUGGUGAUGAUGUCAAAUCAGCCAUCAAUAUUGUGUGUGAUUUCCUGAAGGAGAGAUGCUUCCGAGAUACUGCCCACCCAGUGAGGGUCUCCAAGGUGGUGAAGUGUGGCUCCUCAGGCAAAGGCACCACGCUCAAGGGAAAGUCAGACGCUGACCUGGUGGUGUUCCUUAAUAAUCUCACCAGCUUUGAGGAUCAGUUGAACCGUUGGGGAGAGUUCAUUGAGGAAAUUAAGGAACAGUUGUAUGAGGUUCAGCGUGAGAGACAUUUUGAAGUCACGUUUGAGGUUCAGAGUUCAGGGAGGCCCGACGCUCGGUCUCUGAGCUUUAAGUUGACCCCCCCCACACACCUUCAUCAAGAGAUGGAGUUUGAUGUGCUUCCAGCCUUUGAUGUCCUGGGUCAUGUUACCAUAUACAGCAAGCCUGAUCCUGAAAUCUACGCCAAUCUCAUCAAGAAGUGCCUCUACCUGCAGAAGGAGGGCGAGUUCUCUACCUGCUUCACUGAGCUCCAGCGGAACUUCCUGAAGCAGCGCCCAACCAAGGUGAAGAGUCUCAUCCGCCUGGUCAAGCACUGGUACCAACUGUGUAAGGAGAAGCUGGGGAAGCCGCUGCCCCCACAGUAUGCCCUGGAGCUGCUCACAGUCCAUGCCUGGGAACAUGGGAAACAAGGGAAUGGAUUGACUGAGUUCAACACAGCCGAGGGCUUCAAAACUGUCUUGGAACUGAUCAGCAAGUACACACAGCUUCGAAUCUACUGGACAAAAUAUUAUGACUUUCAACACCAGGAUGUCUCCAAAUACCUGCACAGACAGCUCAGAAAAGCCAGGCCUGUGAUCCUGGACCCGGCUGAUCCAACAGGGAACGUGGCUGGUGGGACCCCAGAAGGCUGGAGUUGGUUGGCCUUAGAGGCUGAGGUGUGGCUCUGCUACCCAUGCUUUAAGAACAGGGAUGGUUCCCUCGUGUGUUCCUGGGAUGUGCCGACAGAGGUUCCUGUACCUUUCGAGCAGGUGGAACAGAACUGGACAUGCAUCCUGCUGUGA